AUAGUCAAGAGAUUUUCAGAUUUCUUGUCGAUAUAGCCUGAUUAUUCGAUGUUGUCUUAUUAAACUAAAUUGAUUUCAGCACAUUUUGUUCUUCACAGAAAGCGUUUAAACUAGACCUCCCAUAAUAGCCUAGCAGACAAGCGUUUCGAUAUAAAGCGUCCUAAAAUACCCGUAUUCAGCAUGAAGACCCCUGAAAAGCCUUCAAAUGACAGGAAUGCUGUCCCGUAUUAUGGUCUUACAAAUCAAGGUGCCACCUGCUAUUUAAAUGCAGUACUGCAAUGUCUAUUCAUGACUGAAGAAUUCAGAGAGGAAGUUCUGAGUUAUGAAGACCUUGGUGGUAAGGAAAAUAUAUUGGUAGAACUUAAGAGGCUCUUCAGAAAGCUGUCUGAAAAAGUAGCCACAACUGAAGGAAUAACCAGGAGUCUUGGCAUAAGAAAUGCGUUUGAGCAGCAGGACGCAGUGGAGUAUUAUAGAAAGAUUUUAAAAGCAAUUCAGCCACUUGCUUCUAAGGUCUUUGAAGGGAAGAUGAGCAACGUGACAAAAUGUGGCAAAUGUGGCAAAGAACUGCCAGAAAUCAACACCUUUAUCUCAAUACUGUUGUCCAUCAAUGUUGAGGAUGACAAGGUGUAUGAUGUGGAAACAGGCCUAAAGGCCUUCGAAGAACAUUCAACACUUGAAGAAGAUGACUGGGUGUACUGUGAUAAAUGUGAUUGCAAAACAAAAACUGAAACGUGGAGUAAAAUAGAUGAAUAUCCUAAUGUUGUCACUCUGCAUCUGAAGAGGUUUGACUUUGAUUACAUGCAGAUGAGGUACGAGAAGAACGAAUGUCUUCUUGAUGUGCCUCUGACUCUACCCAAGAAGCAUAAUAGGCCUACAUAUGAUCUUUAUGCCGUUAUCAACCAUAAGGGCAGAUACAGUGGUGGACACUACGAAGCAAUCAUCAAAUCUUAUGAAAAUGGAGUAUGGUACUGUUUUGAUGACAGCUGUGUAACUGAGACUUCAGAAUCACCCCUGAAAAACUCAAGCCUACCCUACAUGCUGAUGUACAGAAAAAGGGUUUUCAGUCCAGCCAGUAUUUCUCAUCCACUGAGGAUCCUUCUGACUGGGCCUUCCAGAUCUGGGAAGAGUACAGUAGGCAACAUCAUCCUUGGCGGAGAUUACUUUCCAUGUAGAAGUGGAUCAGAAACUGUGACUAAAGAGUGCAUGGUAAAGACAGUAGAAAAGGUCACUGUGGUGGACAUCCCAAAUCUCUUUUGCCUCAAUAAAUUGAGUUGGACUGAGGAAAUAGAGAAGUGUGUUAAGUUAUCCGACCAUGGUCCCAAUGUGAUCCUUUGGGUAACACAAAUAUCUGAAUUCACUGAACUACAGCAAGGUCUGUUUCACUCCUUCAUAAAUCGACUAGAUUCAGGAGCCAGAAAUCACAUGAUGAUCGUCUUCACCAAUGGAAGAGAGCUUACAAAACUUGGCCAGAACAUUGGUGAAUUUAUUUUAAAACAUAGUAAGCUUCAUAAAGUGGUCCAUCGGUGUCAGGACAGGUACCAUGUCAUUGAUAUCAAUGAUGGUCACAAUUACACCUCAGAACUGCUUGAAAAACUCAGUGAAAUGAUGCCACUAGAAGAAGCUACUGCAUUAUUAAGGAUAAGUAAAAUGUUAAAAACACAAGAACGCUGUUUUACAAAAAAAGGGAACAAAAGACUCAGGUCUGACAGCCAAAAUGACAAAAAUGGGAAAAAAAAAAAAUCACACAAAAAGUAAUGAGAAAAAAAUGAAAACUGCUUGAUUGUGGUAAAUCAUUGAAUGUUUUGUUCUGUCUAGUCUUUUUGGAUUUUGUGUAUUGGUAAAGGAUUAAAAUGGGAUGUUGUCUGUAUAUUCAAUGUGUUUUUCUCUUAUAUUCAAGAUUGGUAAAAUCAAAAAUAAAUUAAAAAUGUGUAUAUCAUAACUCAUCAAAAAGCAUGUGCAAAAAUUAAGCUGCAACAAAUGGAGCUAAAUUGAAUGAUUUAUCAACAUUUAUUUCACUUUGGAUAACAGCACCUACUAAAUGAAUGAAUUUGCAAUAAAUGUAUAUUAUACUCAGUGGUGGAAAGAGUACUGAAAAAUCAUACUCAAGUAUGGGACAGACGAGUCUUCGCUGAGGCCAGCUUCCAGCCUCCGCCGCUGAGACUGCAGCUCUGCACAAGACGUUUGGCCAGCGGAGAAAUUAAAAUGGUCGUGCCCAACUGAGUCUGGUUUCUCUCAAGGUUUUUUUUCUUCACUUUCACCAAUUAGUGAAGUUUUUUUUCCUUCCGCUGUCGUCACUGGGUUCGGGAUCUGUAGAGCUGCGCAUCGAUGGAUUUGCUCUUCAGUGUUUGAACGCUCAGUAGUUAUUUUUAAACCACACUGAACUGAGCUAAACUGAACUGAACUUAAACUCUGAAAACUAAACUACACUGUUCCACUUUACUAUGAAGCUGCUUUGACACAAUCUACAUUGUAAAAGCGCUAUACAAAUAAAGGUGUUGUAAAGGUA